UUGGCGCUAUAACUGUGAGCUUCGUGACGAAACCGAACGCACACGAGUUUAUUUUCAAACAAUUUCAAAGCGACCGGGACAGGGAGGCUCCCUGGAUCAGUGGUGAAGACCCCGGCUUGCAGCAUUAUGGUACACCGCAGAAUGAGUGGCUGCGGCGUGUGUACAAACCGAGUGAACAUAGGAAAACUAGGAGAAGAGAAAACAGUUUUGAAGAGGCUACCCCUUUUAGUGGAGUCAAGUUUGUUAGACAAAAAAGGGAUCUCGGAGCGAAUGUUUUGAUAACUCAGAGGUUUAGCGAGAAAAUUGUGACACCUGGCGAAGAUAUAAGUUUACAAUGCUCCGCCACCGCAGUUAGACCUCCAAGGUUCAUUUGGGAGAGAGAUGGGGUUGUUAUUUCUUCAAACACUGAACCCAGGUACCUAACACAAACUUUUAAGGCUACCAUGAGGGCUUUCUAG